GACUAAACAUGUACUUAGAGUAACCGGUAGUAGCUGGCUUGCAUGUGCCGUGUUGGCUAUUAGCAUUAAACUCAAAAGCAGCGUCAGGACACUGUUCAAGUUAAAUUGUUGCUAAAUAUAAACAGGGUUCCGUUUUAAUAUUAAAUCCAUCACACGUAGCUGGUUUAAAAGUGGUGAAGCUUCAUAUUAAAGCAGGUAGACUUUCAGGUGCUCCGGGUUGCUAACGUCCGGUGGUUAAAAACGUCAUGUUUUUUUUCGUUCGUGUCAAAGGUCGGACUCGGCGGCGGAGCCGAGACCGAGCGGUUUGUUUUUUUUAACUCGGCCGAGGGGCUUUUAGUCAGCGCCGGUAGCUCCGCGGUUCCUUCUACACUCAGCUUUCACGGGGACUGGGAGUCGCUGUGGCUGUCUGGUGUCGUCCAGGCGGGGUCUGAUUGACAGAUGCCUUUAUCAUGAUGCUGAGCUGCAGCGCCCUGGUCGUCGCCCUCCUGCUGUCCCACGCCAGAAGCUUCCUGAGCCCCUCAGAGGACGAUGGCAUCCCUGAGGAGUGGGUGCUCCUCCAUGUGGUUCAGGGCCACAUCGGGGCCGGAAACUACAGCUACCUGCGCCUCAACCACGAUGGCAGAAUCAUCCUGCAUAUGCAAAGCCUCAAGGGAGACGCGGACCUCUAUGUGUCUGAUAAAACCCUGCAGCCGAGCUUCGACACCUACAAGCUGCAGUCGGCCACCUGUGGAAAGGACGUGGUGGUGGUGCCGGGGGAAUUCGUGAGGCCUGUGGGCAUCGGCAUUUACGGCCACCCGUCUCACCAGGAGAGCGAGUUUGAAAUGCGGGUGUUUUACGAUGAGACGGUGCCCCAGAAUCCGUUCGAUAUGGGCUCGUACGGUUCAGAGGACGGACAUAAGCAGAAGAAAUUUCCUCAGGCAUCAGAGGAGAAAGAGGAGUCGAUCUUUUGGACAAUUCUGAUCGGGCUUUUGAAGAUUAUUCUUGAGAUUUUGUUUUGAAAAUGGUUUCCUUCCUUACUGCUGUGACGAAGGAGGAGACUGUUCUUGGCUCAGCCAGCCUUGAUACAUAAAAGAAGGUUAUUUCCCUUCAUUCCGCAAGGAUGAGAAAAUGUCGCACCAGACUCCAGUGAGAUUUCUGGCAUUUAAACAAUAAUUCGCUUGCGAUCAAACAUACAAACUCGAUAGAAACAGUACAGAUCAGAUUUAAAUUGUCGAAGGUGGAUCACUGUGCUGAACUCACCGGUGAACCACUAUCAAUCAGAAAACAUUUCACAAAGUCUUUAUGUUUGGUGAUAAGCAAAUGAACAUUAGCCCGUCAGAUAUAGCAGAGUGUUACUUUGCUUUGGUUUCCCCCCAUACAAAGACAGAAUGAAGCAUGUUAAGGCAAAGAACAGGCACAUGUUUAUGGCUGAAUUUUGGUCGCUGCGAUUUUUUUUUUUUUUUUUUAUUUCUUAAUUUUAUUUUUCUUUUCGUUGUUGAACUGCAGUUCAACCAAAAAGGCAAGAGGGUAAUAUUUCUGGAGUCUUAAAGGAUGUUUUUUUUUUUGUUUGUUUGUUUUUUUUUAAGUUUAUCAAACACUCACAUGCACAUAUGUAAACUGAAAGACUUUUUGGUUGCUGCAGUCUCUCCGUUCGUGCAUAGUGGCCAUGAAGGGAUCCCUUCCUAACAUUCCAGUGUAAGAGAUGAGGGACAAAAUUCCCAGGUAACAUGAAGCUGCAGCAGUCAGAGUUAAGGCCUCAGUGUGCCUUGAAUGAAGAAUGCUGAAACGCAUGUUGUACAGUCGUGUCUAAAAGCAGAACUGCAGAUGCCACGACCUCAUUUACGUCCGGUAUUGACAUGCGACCUGUAUAUGGAUAUUCAGUCUUGAUGAGGAAAAACAUGUCUUAAUGCAGACAGAACAGGUGUGUGAUGGGAAACCGAUCGAGUCGGCCAGACCACAUCUAGAGGUCUGAUUUGCACUUGAAGAUUCGAUCACAGUGCGGGCAGAAUCGAGAUUACGCGAACACUUGUUAAUACCAAGUGUGAAAGCAGAGCGGAUCAGGUGUCAUUAUCCAGGUAACGUAAGAUCACAUGUUAACGCCAGCUGUAAAUGGGGCUAAUAUUGUUUUGAGAGUCAGACAAAUAAGGAGGAUUUCACACCUCUGAACACCUGGGCUAUCACUGCGUAAUGUGAUCGUCAGCUCGUCUGUUUUGAGGAAGUCACAAAAAGUUUUUUGAACGUGUCGAAAGGAAAAAUUGAGACGCUUUUUGACAAACCAGCUUCGUUUGAAACCCGUGAGGACCUGUAGCCGAAUCACGUGGGUUAUUUCCCUAAGGUCGUGUUUGUCCUUUUUUUUUUUUUUUUUUUUUGUAAAACCCUCUCUGAUUUUCGCGUUUCUCCGCUGAGCCGAGGCGAAGGAACAUGCUAUACCCUGCUGGUCGCUUGUGGCUUUGUUGUUGGGACAAAACUACACACGACCACCGGGAUGAAGAUACCCGCUUCCUUUAACCACCGCGGACUGCUGAAGCCUCCUCUUAGUUUCGCUCACACAGGACUGUGGAUGUUGUCCCCAGCUUUUUUUUUUACAGCGUAUUCCCACGCAGAAUGAACACCUUUUAAGGCCAGCGUGGACGGUGGCAACGACUGCAGCAACCUCUAACUCUCUCAAUGCACAUAAGGCGCGUGAGUGUUUUGUAUUACUUUAAAAAAAUUAAAAAAAGACCAGAGUUAUCCUUCACCUUGUAGUAAACCUGUCAAUCGAAUUUAGCAUCAAACAGAGAUUACAGCUGUGGCUGUCUCUCACCUCGGCCUGUGAACGAAUGAAACUGCUCGUCUUAACUCUGCAAAUCAACAUCGCACAGGACGUGUGUGGGUUUAAAUAUCAAGAACCUAGCAAUACAGCCAUCGUCAGCCAUUUUGAGAUAUACACGCGGCUCCCGCGGGACAGGUCGGGAUUAUUGAUUCUGUUUUUUCAUUUCCUCUUUACUGGAUAGUUUGCUGAAUUUUAGACUCCAAAUAAGAACCUCUGGUUUAUGAAGAGACUUAACAGUAACAGCAGCAUUUCAUUUGGUUUGAUCAUUCACUUUGUUUUUGUUUUUUUUGUUUUUUUUGCCUGUUGGACAAGCUCCUGACUUAAACAUCACCUCCAGCAUCGGAGUUCAGUUAUUGUUACCGCUGAGCAGAAAUGUUCAACAGUGCCUUCAGAUCAGUCCUCUGCGGGGGAGAACGGCCGAGCAGUUCUCCCGUUUCCAGAGACGUCUCAGUCUGAUUUCUAAAUAAAACGGUUAUUUUGCAGACUGUUAAA